UCACCAUGAGAAUAAACCGAAAACAAAGAACGGAAGAGGUUUACUGGGCAUCUUAUCUCUGUUCGGUUGCAAAUUUCAACCCUCAUCCUCGUCCAAACCAGAAUUGCUUUACACACCUGGUGCUGGAUAUGAAGUUCAUCAUGCAUGAUGUGCACGCCAGGAAAAUGACUAAUGUAGCCCCGGCUUGCUAUAUAUAUGUGUACGAGCAGCAUGGGAACAGAAAAGAAGCGUGUACGUAAGUUGAAGAGAUGGGGACAGGGUGGUCACAAGAUGAGGCCUCACAGUCACAGCAGCUGAGUCCUGCAGAAGCAAGUAACAAGGCAGUAGUGGAGAAAGUAACAGAAGCAGCGCCUAGUGGCUCUAAACCCAUGGCAAAAGUGGAGAAAUCAGCUAGUUUUCAGGCCAAAUCUUCAGCCGAUCACAACCAGGAGGCCAAAGUAGUGAAAGAAGUCAAGGGAACAGAGAAACCGACAGUUACACAAGUGAAGCAGCAGCAGCAAACGCUGCAGCAGCUCCCACAUAAUUACGAAGCUAUUGUGAAAGAUGCCGACACUCCAAUCAACAAGUCACCGGAACAUCUGUUUGUACAUCUCUAUGCUGGAAUACUCUUAAACCAAAAGAGGAAGAAGUAUUGGGUUGACAAGAAGUCCAACAACUGCUUCAUGGUGUAUCCAAGGGAUCUCACAAUCACUUGGGCUGAAGACAAUCGUUACUGGCACUGGCCUUCCCUGGAAGAAACAAGUAAUGUCUUCAUCGAUGCAGCUGAACUGUUAAAUGUAUGCUGGCUUGAAGUUCAUGGAAAAAUUGAUUCCACAAAGCUGUCACCAGGAACUCUAUAUGAAGUAGUAUUUAUAGUGAUGUUGAAAGCUGCAGCUUAUGGAUGGAAAGUUCCUGUCAAUGUCAGACUCAGUCUCCCAGAUGGUAACAAGCAAGAACGUAAAGCUGAUCUGAAUAAAAUCCCUAGAGAACAAUGGACAGAGAUACCAGUAGGCGAGUUUAGAGCAUCAACAGGAUUACUUGGGAACAUUGAAUUUUCGUUGUAUGAAUAUGAAGAUGGGAAAUGGAAGAGUGGACUUCUGAUCAAGGGCGUUGCCGUUCGGCCUAAAAACUGAGAGGAUACUUAAAACUUUGCUUAUGACCGGAGAGAGAGAAUGUUCUGAGUUUAUCAGCAAAACUUUCUUAGUGGUUUGCAUAUCAAUAAAAUCUCAGAACUUGCAAUUUUUGAAGU